GCUGCACGAAGCCGCCGCGGGGAAUUGUGGGUUGGGUUUACAUGGCAGCGACCAGUGGAGUCAUGUUGAAUUAUAUGUUCCUGACAUUUGCUGUACAAUAGCUAAACAUGUGGAAUCAAUUUCGUAAACUACAAAAUAACAGAACCGUGAAAUAUGGCGUCCCGAUGCUGCUGUUGGUCGUGGGAGGGUCGUUUGGUUUGAGAGAAUUCACACAGAUUCGUUAUGAUGCGCAGAAGAUCCGAAAGAAGCUGGACCCUACCCUGGAGGCGCGAGUAAACACUCAAAAACAGACAGUCAUACUUCAGGAAGAGUAUGAGAAACUGAAGGAUGUGAACUUGAAGAAUUGGAGGAACAUCCGUGGCCCGCGUCCAUGGGAAGAUUCUAAAGAGUACCAGGAACAACAGCGAGCACGACUCAAUAAAGGCACAUAGAACUGAACAUGGUCCCACUACUUGCGUGAAGGUGUUCAUAAAACCUGUGCAGUAUGACGGUUUUGUUUGUCCCUGAAAGAUAAAUCGGCACUGUUGAAUAUUAUUAUAUUUGACCGGAACCACCAGUUUAAAAUCUGUUUGUGAUUGGAUGCCAUGAGGAAAACCAUGUUAUGUUAUCUUGAGAUUUGUAAAUAUACCUAGUAAUAUG